GUCGUAGAUCAAUGAACCGGAGCGGAGGGUUGGUCCAUCGCCUGGUGUGCAUCUGACUGUUUAGAUGUGUCAUAUCUAUGCAGGACCGAGGUUUUAUUUCUGUUAACCAGCCCGUUCAGUAUGCGGAUGUUUUAACCCGACCGGCAACAUUUUAUAGGCUCCUUUCACCGCUUGGAAAUCCGUCUCUAGUUUCUCGUCGUUGCGAUAUAUAUAUAUAUAUAUUUUUUUUUGAGAAAUAAAAUUUAGCCUAUCUGUAACCUCCAGGAUGAUCUUUGCAAACACAGGCAACCCACUGAAGACAGGCAAUCGUAAGCAGUCCUACCCCAUGACUCCGUCCAGUCCCAGCAGCAGCAGCAACAGCAGCACCACAGGUCUGGAGCAGCUCAGCAAAACCAACCUUUACAUCCGCGGCCUGCCUCCUGCUACUACAGACCUCGACCUAGUCAAACUCUGUCACCAGUAUGGCAAGAUUCAGUCAGCAAAGGCAAUCCUGGACAAGACAACCAACAAAUGUAAAGGUUACGGCUUUGUGGACUUUGACAGCCCAGCGGCUGCUUUAAAGGCAGUACAUGCUCUGAAAACCAGCGGCAUACAGGCCCAGAUGGCCAAGCAACAGGAGCAGGACCCCACAAACCUGUACAUUUCCAACUUGCCUCUCUCUGUGGAUGAGAAAGAGUUGGAGAACAUGCUGCAGCCCUUCGGCCAGGUCGUCUCCACACGGAUCCUUCGAGACUACAGUGGCAAUAGCCGAGGCGUGGGCUUCGCCAGGAUGGACACAACAGAGCAGUGCAAUGCUGUCAUCUCCCACUUCAAUGGGAAGUUUAUCAAGAUAUCUUCUGGAGCUCUGGCUCCCUCUCAGCCCUUGCUGUGUAAGUUUGCAGACAGUCAAAGGAAGAAACAUGCUCAUGGCGGAUUUCUUCCCAAUGGACAGACAGGAGAUCUCAGACUAGGUGCAAUGACUCUUACCUAUGACCCCUCCUCAGCAGCCAUACAGAAUGGGUACUAUCCUUCUCCGUAUCCAGUGACCAACAGGAUUAUGACUGUGCAGCCUACAAUGUCUCCCUACAUGUCUCCAGUCUCUGCUUACCAGGUACAGAGUCAUUCUUGGGUGGCACAUCAGCCGUAUAUCAUGCAACACCCGGGUGCUGUGAUGUCUCCCUCUGUGGAUCCAUCCAUGUCACUGCACCCCUCAGCCAUGAUUACUCAGCAGAUGGGUCAGCUGUCACUGGGGAACACUGGAGCAUAUAUUUCAGCUACCCCUGGUGUCCAGGGAGCUUACAUGCAUCAGUAUCCUCCCAUGCAGACAGCACCUGAAAACGGCGCACCGCAGCAAGUGGAUUCUUCCAACAACUCAUCUCCUUACAGUCAACUCAGCAAGUAAUCACAGGCUAGAUUACUGCUUUGUGAGCCAGAGGGCAGGUGGGAGGUUGCUGAUGACAUCACAAUAACAGUCGCCGCCUUCUCUUAUUGGACCAGAUACAUGAACUUUUUUGCACAGCCCCGACAUUUGUGGUGGAAAAUGAGGACAGUGUAAAUGGACUUGAGCAGUUGGCUAAUCACAGAGAAAAAAAACAAGGUUUAUUUUGAUAAGAAACCACAUGUUCUUCUUUUUCUCUAUUUUUAAGGAUUCUCAAACAAAUGCCAGAGGACAGCCCAUCCCUCCACUCUCCACCCCCCAGUAUGAUGUGAUAUUAAAAUGCAUGAGAUUGAGAUAUUUCCCCCUUCAAGGUUUCUAUGAUUUUAUAGUUCCUUUAUUUGAGAUAUAUAAAAAACCUUGCAAAACAUUGUUUGCACUGAAGUUUAAAGUUUCAGAAUGGCUUAAUUUUGUUUAUCAAAGUUGUUACAAAAUAGCUUACAAAAUCAAUUAAUGUUCAGCUGCACUUGACAGCUGAUACAGUUGACCAUUUCAUCAGGAAAUGAAUGAAUUUAAUAUUGGAAAAGGUGCCUUCCUUACGUCACUUCAACAUUUUCAUCAAACUUGAUCAGGUGUCAUAUUUCUGAUUGAUCAAAAGUGUGUGUGAAAUCAUGAGAUUUCAUUGAGUGUUUCGCUAUCUAGUCUUCUGGUAGCAAUAAAGACAAUGAGAGUCCCACGGCAAUACUGAGAGAAAAGAACAGUGACAAACUCAGAGCAAGGUAAUUGCUUAUUUUCCCUCUUCUUUUUUGUUUUUUAACUUCAAGACGUGACAACACAAGAGCCGUACUUUUAUGAAAUUACAAGUUUUACACCCAGUGGACAUCGUUUAGGAGGGUUUUUUAUUUUCUCUUGUGGUCAGUUUGACCAGUGAUCUACCUCAUGGUUCUGCUGGAGUCUGCUGGUGUUGUGGGGUUUGCAGGUAAAGCCCCGUUUUUCAACAGAGUGGACGAAGCAGAACAAAAGCCACGCUCAGGAGCUGGCUGAAUAGGACUUCUGCCGUUUGUCUCCCACAUGCAGCGUUUCACUUCCUGAUCUGCAAAGAAACAUUGUGCUUUGCCUCAUCUUUAUUUGUCAUUGCUUCUGUUCUGGUGUUUUUUUUUCUCAAAACAGUGAGUGUUGUUCAGUUGUGAGGCUCCAUUUUUAGAGAUUUAAAGUAUGACAGCUACUAGCUUCUUCUUAAAAUAGUUGUGCUUGAAACAAAUGAAUGCAGGCUACAUGCAUUCAUUUGGUGCAGUCCUCUGCCUUUGCCAUUGUAGACAGAUCUUAGAUGACUUACCACUUUCCCUGACCUUUUCUCUUUUUCCUUUAAAAAGGACUUAAAGUCAAUAUCUUGGGUUACACUGCUGCUGUGAAGCUCUCCAAAAGUAAUGCUAGGAUUUAGCCAGAUUUUGGUCAUUUUGUUAUACAGCAGCGUGAUAGUGUACAUGCCCAACAACUGGAAUGAGUGGAAAAGUAAAUUUAAAAUCUUGCCUCAUGCUAAAUAAAUCAAUCAUGUAUGAAGUACUUAAAACAACAGUAUUUCAUGAGAGUGGGAUAGAAGUUGAAAUCACAUGACUAACAGUAUGUAUUUCAAAAGAUGGCUUGUUCAGAAUAAGACUUGUAAAUUAUAUGCAUUCAGGGCCAAAAGUGAAAGAUAAGUAAGUUUUAUUGUUUGCUUAGAUUUUUUCUUUAAACAGAUGAUUUCUGAUGUAAGAGCUUACUUACAUUAAUAUGAGACAAGAAAAAUGGUCAAAGCUGUAUGGUCGCGGUGCUUUUCCCCGAUCAAUAGUACUGUAGCACAAAAUGCUCACCAUCGGAAAAUACAAGCAGUAACCAGCUUUUACUGAGUGUACUUUCCUAUUAUGAACAUUUGUUGCUAGAAAAAAAAUUAAAAAUGACAACAAAAAAAUAUUCUUGUACAUGUUAUCCUCAUUCCUUCCCUUUUCACCUUCAACUGAUUCUCUGAACUGAAACAAUCUUCUCCUUGCUCUCUCCUUUGAAAACAUUGGAAUAAAAACAGUGCUGAAUAAAGGUCUGCUCUUUCUCACAUACGA